AUGAAUAUUCCGUUACUACGCCAAAUUUUCGUCGUGAGUUCCUCAAUAUUGGCAGCCAUAUCCACAGGAGGUACGAUGGGUUUGCCCAGCAUUUUGGUACAACAGCUAAAAAGAAACGACAGUCUGAUACAACUUGACCUGGAUACUGAAACAUGGAUUGCUUCUAUUCACGGCUUUGCCGGUAUUCCGAGUAUUAUCAUUGCAUAUCUAGCGCAGCGUUGGGGCAGGCAUCUGGGCUUCCGGCUCGGCUGCCUGUCCGUGUUGGUCGGCUGGAUCAUGCUAUGCUUCGCAAAGAACGCCCUUACCAUGAUCAUCGCCGAAAUUUUCCAAGGCGCAGGCAAUAAGAGCUUGCUCUUAUUGUGCAUGAUGAUCAUCAGUGAAAUGGUCGAACCGAGAAUCAGAAAUCAGUGCAUGGUACUGUACGGUGUCACACAAACAAUUUUUGUACUCGUCGUUCACGCAGCGGGAAAUUUCAUUCACUGGAAAACAAUAAGCCUAAUUAUGUGCUUCCCGCUCGCAUUGAGCAUUAUUUUUAGUUUUAUUUGGCCCGAGUCGCCGGCCUGGCUGGCUUACAGGGGUAGGUUUGAGGAGAGUAAAAAAUCCUUCAUAUGGCUACGGGGCAAGAAUAAAGAGUCGCUUGAAGAGAUGAAUGCUCUCUUUAAUGCUCAAAGGGAGUUUUUGCGUGCCGAAAUGACCGCCAAAAGCGCAAAGCGCAGUACACCGCUAAUGAGGAUCGUAUGGAAAAAAAUAACCAGUCGAGAUUUUUACUUGCCAAUCUUUCACAUGUUUGUACUAAUUAGCUGUUACUAUUGGAGCGGAAACUUAACGAUAGUUGUAUAUACGGUCAAUAUCGUUGGUAAAGUUAUAGAAAAUAGUGAGUCUGCGUUUAUUGCCAUGAUUGUUACAGACAUGGCUUUUAUAAUAGAUUACCAGGUGCGGCUGUGUGCACAGAACUGUCGCCUGCCUCAAUGGAGUGAUGUGUGUUCCAUUCGAGCUAGAUUGCUGCAGGUUUAG